AUGGGGAGUUGCCAGUGUCGUAAAUUCUGUGAAUCUGAGCAAGUUAAUUCCAAUACACACUUACAAGAAAUAGCAACUAAUGAUGAUUAUAGGGUUAAUAAUUAGGAAGGAGCCGUUAAAGAUUUGUUUAUAAAGAUAAAGACUUGGCAAAAGGAAUCAUUUUCACUUUUUGAUUAUGAAAACCAGAGUCAUUUGAAAGAGUAGAACUUUUAAGUAAAUAGGUUAAUUAUAAAAGAUAAGCAAGGGAGGAUACUUAAUUAAAAACAAUAACGAAUUAUAAUGGAUUGAUGAUGAUGUAGAUUGGAAUAAGAGUGUAAUUAAAUAGGAACAGAUUCUAUUCAGAAUAGAUAAAAAUGAUGGAAUUUUCAGCAUAAUAAAUAAAAGAGGAGAAUGCAAAUAAAAUUAUGAAGACGACAAGUAGGAAUAAACUACAAAAUAUCAUGGUGAUAAUAAAGAUUUUUAAUAAUCGGAAAAUCUGGAUUAAUUGGAAGGAGAUGAAUUUCAUUAGCCAAAUGAUUUAAUUAAGAAAUACAGUCAUCAUUAAAAAAUCAGUAUGAGUUAGAGAACUAAUACUAAAUUAAUGGAGAAAGGAAGUAAAUUAUGGUUGGUUGUAAGAUCCAUGCAAUCAAUGAUGAGCAACAAUGGAAUCAAAUUAAAAGAAGGGGAUGUCAUAAAGAUGGGCAGAGUGAAAUUCAAGAUCAGAGAAAUUCAGUUAAAUUAAAGAUAAUUAAUGUAAUCUUUCUCUUUUUAUUGAAAGAUAAGAUUCAGAUUCUGCAAAAUCUAGUUAAACUGAUGCAAUUACAUGCAGAGUCUGCUGCAGUAGUGCAUAUAGCAGAUCGAAUCCACUUGUAAAUCCAUGCAAAUGUACUGGCUCUAUUAAAUAUAUACAUCUUAACUGUUUAAAAAAAUGGUUAAAGUCUAAAUUCCAAACAAAAUAAAGUGAUCAUUGUAUCAUUUAUAUGUGGAAGAAUUUGGAGUGCGAAUUGUGUAAAUUUAAUUAUCCCCCCAUUUUCAAAAGUGAUGAAGGGGUAUUUGAUUUAAUAGAAUUGAGUAAACCUACAGAAUAUCCUUAUAUUCUGAUGGAAAUCACUUAGAAAAGAUAUGAAGUAUUUAUAAUUCCGAUAAUCACAUAGGAAAUGUAAGAAAAUAAUAUGAGUGAAGAUACUUAAUGGAAUCAAUGCAAUGGGGUCUAUAUCAUUUCUUUUGAUAAUAAUAGUGGUGAAGCAGAAAACAUCAGAAUCAAUGAGUUGAAG